AUGAGUAUUAUUGCUGUGAUGGAGAGCUGGCGGCCUUUGGACGUGAGCACAAUAUGUCUGGAGCAGCAAGCCCCGUUGACGCAAUGCUCAUCUACAGGACUAAUGUUUUUAUCCCUAGUCACGCAAUUAUUCGGAGGCGUCUCGUAUAGCGUACCGGAUUAUUCAAGAUACAGUAACCCACACUACACAUCGCCAGGAUAUUUUGGAACUUCUUACUAUCCACAGGCUUAUAAAUCCAGCUAUAGUAUAGAAUCUAGCCACCCGAUUUCAUAUCACGGAAACAGCUUAUUGAAUAUAAGAUCUCCAAAUCCAUAUACCCAAAGGACAUCUUUUAGCGAUAUUUUUAAAAGUAGUUUUUCCAACGAUCCAAAACUACCGAUUUUUGAUUUCGAAUACCUGAAAGAUUCUUUUGGAGAUUCUGAUACAGCUGAUUCUAAGAAGGUUCCGAUACAAACUGAAAAGAAGAGAGCUAAAAGGGAAAAAAGGUCUAGAAGGAGUAGACAGGCAGAAGAAUACGAUUUUAUUAUAGUCGGAGCUGGUUCUGCUGGAUGUGUCCUUGCUAACCGUCUAUCGGAAGUGAAGAAAUGGAAGGUACUGCUCAUAGAAGCUGGCCCUGAGGAGCCGGAUGUAACAAUGGUUCCAGCUUUCCCUCCAGUGCUCGGAAGGUCCAGCAUCGACUGGAACUAUAGAACUCAGCCGGAAAAACUAACAUGCCGGUCUAUUAGAGGUCAAAGCUGUGCGUGGAUAAGAGGAAAAACUAUGGGUGGAUCAAGUGCAGUGAACUAUUUGGUGUAUAUGAGAGGGAAUAAACGUGAUUACGACAACUGGGCAGAGCUCGGCAACUAUGGUUGGAGCUACAGAGAAGUCUUACCUUACUUCAAGAAAUCGGAAAAUAAUAGAGAUAUUGAAUCUCACGAUAAAUAUUAUCACUCUGUUGGUGGUCCAUUGAACGUAGAAAGAUUUUCUUAUGUUGAUGAUGCUACCAUGAUGUUGGUAGAAGCAUUUAAAGAGAAAGGUGUACCAAUAAAAGAUUUGACAAAAGAAGAUAAUAUUGGAACUGAUAUUGGCCUAUCUACUUCUAAAGAUGGACGGAGAGUAUCAGCCAAUGUUGCUUUUAUAAAGCCUAUACGUAAUGUGAGGCCAAAUUUGCACAUCAUCGUAGACACAUUUGUUACUAAAGUAAUUAUAGAUCCAAUCACAAAGAUAGCUCAAGGAGUAACUUACAUCAAAGAUGGUUUGGAACACUACGUAUAUGCUAAGAAAGAAGUAAUACUUAGUAGCGGAUCUAUAAACUCUCCGAAAAUACUUAUGCUCUCGGGUAUAGGUCCUAAAUAUCAUCUUGAAAGUUUGAACAUACCUAUACUAGCUGAUUUAAACGUUGGCCAUAAUUUACAAGAUCAUGCAACUACGGAAGCAUUAAUUAUAUCUCUGUCAAACAAAACUUCGACAUUAGUAAACGAAGAACAAUUAUCGAGUGAAGUGUAUGGAUAUAAACAACAAUAUCCAAAAAAGAAUGGCCCUUUAGCAACAACUAGUACUCUAAAUGGUAUCGCAUUUGUCAGAACCAAAUAUGAAUUUGAUAAUGUACCAGAUAUUCAAUUCCACUUUGAUGGUAGAAAUGUGGAGGAAUUUUAUUCAGAUCCUGCAACAUAUUUAGCUACAAACGUUUUACCUCUAUCAUUCUAUAACGGUCUUGCAGCAAGACCACUUCUACUUGUGCCGAAAAGUAGAGGCUUGAUUUUGUUAAACCAUACCGAUCCUGUAUUCGGACCGCCAUUAAUCUACCCGAGAUUUUUUACAGUUCCCGGAGAUUUAGAUGUUUUAAUAGAAGGUUUGCGCUACGCUGUAAGUUUGGAAGAAACAGAGGCGUUCAAGCGGAGCGGUGCGAGUUACGUUAAGAUUCCAGUUGAAGGUUGUACAGAAUAUAUUUGGGGAACAUUUGACUACUUUGCUUGUUUGCUUAUAGAAUACACUGCGACAAUUUACCAUCCAGUUGGUACGUGCAAGAUGGGUCCAAAAUGGGAUAAAGAUGCAGUCGUUGAUCCGAUGUUGCGAGUAUAUGGUAUAAAGAAGCUAAGAGUGAUUGACUCGUCUAUAAUGCCAGUUAUAGUCAGAGGUAAUACCAACGCGCCAACCAUUAUGAUAGCAGAAAAAGCAUCAGAUAUUAUUAAACAGCAUUGGCUGUCGUAACUAUUUUAGUUAAUAGAAAGUAAUUAUUUUUACGAAUGUUUGUAAAUAAAGAUAAGUUAUUAAAUUAUAAUAUAAUGUACCUAAAUCAACUGUAUUAUAUUGUAAUACCUGUACACGCUCCACUUCCUAAUAUGUAUAAUUAAUAUUUAAAAUUUUAGGUUUAAAAAUUUGUUAUUGCUACAUUAACUUUUUAACAAAAGACGAGUAAAAUGCUAAGCGUUUUUUGUAUAAGAUUUCUAUUUUUUAUUAUUCGCAUUUUUACGAUUUAAUGUAUAUUCUUAUUAUAUUAUUUUAUAAUACAUUUUAAUAAUUAUA